GCCGUCCUAAUCCUCUCGGUGCCUUUGUUGCUACUGUUGCAACUUUUUUGCACCUGUCGUUCUUGUCCUGAAAUUGAUCUACUGAGAUCAGAUUGGCAGCAGAGCCUGCAGCUAGAAUUAGGAACGCUCUCUGUUCCAUCAGUAGUUGCAAGGUAUGGAUACCGAGAGACGCAUGGAUCCGGCGCUGUACAAGGCGGCGACGCAGGGGAAAGUGGCGAGCCUGAGGCAGCUGGUGGAUCCGGAGGACCCCAGCGUCCUCAGCUCCACGACGCCCCAGCUCAACUCAGCGCUCCACCUCGCCGCCCAGCACGGCCACGCCGCGUUCGCCGUCGAGGUCCUGGACAAGAACGAGGAGCUUCUCGUCGCCCGGAACGACGACGGCGACACCCCGCUGCACCUCGCGGCGAAGGCGGGAAAGCUGGAGGUGGCGCAGCUGCUCAUCGACCGCGCCCUGGCCUGGCCGCAGGACAAGAAGAGCCCCCUGAUCAUGACGAACAAGGCGGGCAACACCGCGCUGCACGAGGCGGUGCGGAACCGCAGGGCUGCCGUGGCGGUGGCUCUGCUCGACGCCGAUCCCAGCCGCGGCCACGACCUCAACGAGCGGAUGGAGUCGCCGCUGCACAUGGCCGCCCGCGAGGGCCUCGUUCAGGUCGUCCAGAAGAUCGUUGAUUACACCUGGGUCGGCCAGGAGUUCUUGCCCUCCGUCUCCCUGUCCGGCACCGCCCUGCACCAGGCCGUGCUCGGCACUCAUCACCGGAUCGUGGAGAUCCUGCUGGAGAAGCGGCCGGAGCUGAUCGAGCUGACCGACUCCGACGGCAACAACGCCCUUCACUACGCGGCGCAGAAGGACCACCAGCGCGCGGUAGAGCUGCUGCUCAAGACGCGGACGGAGCUGGCCUACAAGCGCAACCACCAGAGCAUGUCCCCGCUGCACGUCGCGGCGCACUACGGCUCGACGGACGCCAUCAAGGCGCUGCUCCGGCACUGCCCCGACGUGGCCGAGAUGGCGGACGGCUACGGCCGCAACGCCUUCCACGCCUCCGUCGAGAACGGCAAAGCGAACGCGCUCAGGAGCCUGCUCCGCCGCGUCCGUCCCGCCGAGCUGCUCAACCGCGUCGACGCCAACGGCGACACGCCGCUGCACAUCGCCGCCAAGAGGAGCCGCGUCCACUGCGCGCUGCUGCUGCUCAACGACCGCCGAGUCGACCCCUGCGUCCGCGACCACGACGGCCAGACGGCGCGCAGCCUCGUGGAAACGAAGCUGCACACGGGGGAGAUGGACGCCUACGAGAUGUACCUCUGGAAGCAGCUCAAGCACCAGGAGUUCAAACGGUGCCGCAAGCAGCAGUUGCCGCCGCUCGCCACCUACCCUAGCCGCAGGGGCUCCAACGACAAGUACUUCGAGCGCAUCGUCGAGACCUACAUCCUCGUCGCCACGCUCAUCGCCACCGUCACCUUCGCCGCCACCUUCACCAUGCCCGGCGGCUACGACCAGACCAAGGGCAUCGCGCUCCACGGCCGCAACACCGCGUUCAAGAUCUUCGUCAUCUCCAACACCGUCGCCAUGUGCAGCUCCAUCGUCGUCGUCUUCUGCUUCAUCUGGGCCUGGCAGGACCCCGUCAGGUUCAAGGUCGAUCAGCUCCUGUGGGGCCAUAGGCUCACGAUCAUCGCCUGCCUCGGCAUGCUCGUCUCGCUCAUGACUGCGGUCUACAUCACCGUGGCGCCCACGUCACGGUGGCCCGCUUACGUCGUCAUCGCCAUCGGCGUGAGCACUCCGGCCGUCGUCGUCCUCAUGCUGGGCAGGGAUGUGAUCUUCGUGCCGUUCUAACUACGUCAUCAAACGUGUGUGCUUGCUGCACGUGCUAAUAUUUGUAGGAACAUAUAAAAAUGUUGUCAAAUUGUAGAGUAAACUUUAUUGAACUCCAUCAGAGGCCAUGUCGAAAAAUGAGAAUGUAUAGCAUAUAGCCCGUUUGAAGCUCGAGACGUGAUUGCUCU